UGGCAGGUAAACUCCCCAAAGGCACUAACCGGUCCAACAAAGAUUCCAGUCCAUUUUUAAUGCUCGUUUUAAUAUAAAAAUAGCAAUUACUGCAGCUAGGUGGCGCAAUAGAUAGAUGGCUGAACCUGGAAGUCAGGAAGUCCCGAAUUCAAAUUUCUCUCCUCUGAUCCUUCCUAGCUGUGUAAAUCUCUUUACCUCUUUUGGCCUCAGCCUCCGUAUUUGUAAAAUGGGUAUAAUAAUAGUACCUACCACACAGGUUUAUUUUGAGAAUCAAAUGGGAUAAGCGCUGUGUAAAUGCAAGCUAUUGAUAUUUUCAGACUGUUUUGUCAGUUUCAUCUCUUCUGUGUACCCAGUGCUGCCAACCCAACUGUCAAACACUUAAUUCCCCAAGAAAUUGGAAGAAAAGAGAAAGUUUUUUUUUUUCAAGUUUUUCCUUGUAGAUUCCUCUAAGAGAGAAUGACAACAGAGGAUUAGGGGGCUCCAGAGAUCUCUUUUGCCAGCACUUCUUCCUCUGAAUCGUAGCUCCCUAAGUAUGAGUCAAAAAUGUCGUUUGCAGGCUGGGGGGCAGCUGCGGGACGUGUUGCUCCCACCGGAGAGUGACUAUCUGCAAAGUUCACUAGUUUCCCCAAGGCUGCCUCAAAGGAAAUGAGUGGGCGGCCAUCUGCGGCGGAUGCUGGUGUCACCAUUCGUAGAGGAUCCAGGCUGGGGAGCAGAGACGCAUUGGCUCUUCGUUUGAUUUUUUUUUUUUUUUUCAGUCUGAGUCUCCCUUUUCCGCCUCCCUCUGCCCACCUCCUUAGUCCAGGCAGUUAAAGGUUUCAAGGUCUGCCUCCAAAUUCCAGUCCUGGCUCUAGCAUAAACCCUGCUUAUUCUGAUUGCAUCUCCCGGCCUCCUCCUUCUAUUUAACUCUCCUCCUCCUCCUCUUCCUCCUCGUCCUCGUCCUCCUCCUCCUCCUCCGCCUCUUCCGUUCCUCCAGGGAAAGGCAGAAACAUCUGCAUCACCCUUCUCCCACCUCAGCCUCGGUUUAGCAGACAGCAGUCUAGAGUUACUGUGUGGCUUUCACCCUCAACUACGAGCUGAAAGGCACAGCUUUCAGAAAUGUCAGAAAUCCUCCGGGAACUAGUCUAUGUUUCUGAAAAGGCAGCAAACAUUGCCCGGGCCUGCAGGCAGCAAGAAUCGCUUUUCCAACUACUAAUAGAAGAAAAGAAAGAAGGAGAAAAGAACAAGAAAUUCAUAAAUGACUUCAAAACAUUGGCUGAUGUGCUGGUACAGGAAGUUAUAAAACAGAAUAUGGGCAACAAGUUUCCAGGCUUGGAAAAUCAUAUUUAUGGAGAAGAAUCCAAUGAAUUUACUAAUGAGCUGGGAGAAAAGAUCACAGUUAAAGUAUGUCCAACAGAAGAAGAAACUGCACAACUUCUUAGUAAAGUUCUUAAUGGUAACAAAUUGGCAUCUGAAGCACUGGCCCAAGUUGUCCAUCAAGACAUUUCAUUUGAUGACCCACGUCUGGAUUUGGUGAAAAUCGAUAUUCCACAAGAUAUCAUGGGAAUGUGGGUGGAUCCUAUAGAUUCUACUUAUCAAUACAUAAAAGGGUCUGCUGACAUCAAGCCUAAUCAAGGGAUUUUUCCAUGUGGACUUCAAUGUGUAACUAUAUUAAUUGGUGUUUAUGACAGACAAACAGGGGUGCCUUUGAUUGGAGUCAUCAAUCAACCAUUUGCAUCACAAGAUGUAAAAACACUCAGGUGGAAAGGGCAGUACUUUUGGGGUCUUUCUUAUAUGGAUUGCAACAUUCAUUCACUUCAGCUUUCCAAUGAGAAUGGAAAUGAUGGUGAAGCAGCCAGCCAGCUGGCUGAAGAGGCUAACUGUGAACCUAAAAUCACCCAGCACUUUUCUGCUGUCAUUAGUACAAGUGAAAAGGACACUAUCAAAGCAGCACUAUCCAAUCUAUGUGGUGAAAAUGUUUACGGGGCAGCUGGAGCUGGGUACAAGAGCCUUUGUGUUGUACAAGGUCUUGUUGAUGUUUAUAUCUUUUCUGAGGAUACCACAUUCAAAUGGGACUCCUGUGCAGCUCAUGCCAUAUUGAAGUCAAUUGGUGGAGGAAUGGUGGAUUUGAAGGAGUGCUUAAAAAGAAAACCAGAUACUGGGCUUGAUUUGCCGUAUUUGUUGUACAAUGUAGACAAUCAAGGAGCUGCUGGUGUAGAUCGAUGGGCCAAUAAAGGUGGACUUGUUGCUUACCGAUCACAGCGACGGCUAGAAACAUUCCUGAAUCUGCUGAUCACAAACUUGUCACUUUCUAGUACAUUGACAUAGAUUGGCACCUGCAAUCAGUGUACAUUUGUCUUACACCAUAACAGUAUUUCUGAUUACCUUUAUCUCUAAAAUAGCUUUGUAUUAUUUUAUGAUUAAAUGUUCAAGUUCAUCCAAGGAAUUGCAAUUCCUAUUUGCCCUUAAAAGCAGUUUGUUUUCUCUUACUAUGCUCUAAAAAGCAAAAAGAGUCCUUCAAAACUGUUUUCUCAAAAGAGCACGAGAUUGAUGUCUGCUCCCCGCCCUCUCGUGGCUAUUUGGAGAAUCUGCAGUAUUCUCUAUCCAAGUACUGAACUCUUAAUGGGAGGAUAUUUAGUAUGCAGACAAUUGAAAUUUCAAAUCAUGGUCCAUAUUCUGAUUUUUUCUUUGUAUUUCCUUCCAGGAUUCUCUGAUUAUCACUGUGUACAAAUAAACAUUAGUUAAUAUGAACCAAUCAAUAUUUAUUACUAAACAUCUACAACAUCAGGUACUGUGCUAAGUGCUGUUGAUACAAAAUGAGGCAAAAAAUCCUCAAAAAGUUCACAAUCUAAUGGUUGAAUCAAGAUAAACUUAUUCUACUAUAUGUAAAAGCAGUUCAUUUUGAGAUAUUAGCUUUACCCCUAGAGUUGCUUAAGCUUUUUGCAGAUAUUCUGUAAAAUGAGAUGAGUAAAUUGGUAGGAAUUAUUAUCUAUAUUUUAGGAAAACUAGUGAAGACCAGAUAAAGUGACUGUGAAAUCUAAUAUUCCUCACUGAUGUAAAUCAUUUAAUUUACAAAAUGCGCAGUUGGUCUUUUUGUUUAACAGCUUCACACAAACCAGUUUUGUUUUGUAAACCAGGUAUCUUAUUUAUUUUCUUCCUUUUUUUUUUGAUUAUUGUAAUUAUUAUGUAUAAUUAACAUAUAUGUGAUAAAAACCAAACUGGAAUAAAGAACUAUGUAGCAUGCAGUAGUGCUAAGAUUAUGUUCUUUUUUUUUUUGUCUAUAAUUUGAGUAAAUGAUUGCCAUAUAUGUAACAGGGUUUUAGAGACUCUGAGCCUCGUAUAGAAUCAGGUGCAUUCAUUUGUUGGUAGUAACAACUGUAAACUUCCAACUCUUAGCCUAUGUGAUUCAUGACCUUUAUUCAUUCUAAUUUUGGGUGCUAAGGCAAUAAAGGAUUAUGUGUCCA